AUGGCUGCUCAGACCUACAUUGCCAUCUCUGAGCUCCACCCAAACUUCUCCCACCCGACAGUGGCAGGUAUCAUCAUUGGGAAAACUGAUGUCAAAAGCUUUCCUGACAGAAAAACUAUUGGUGUAGACAGAUUCACUUUUAGCUUCACCAUUAAGGACUCAACUGACUUCUUCAUUAAUGUGUCGGCCUGGGGAAACGAUGCAUACAUCAACGGGCUGUCCAACAGCUUCAGCACUGGAGACUGUGUCAUCGUUGAAAACCCUUUAGUUACCAACAAAGACCCAGAGAAAGGGGACAGAUUCUGUCCCACAACACCAAGCCUCUACAGGCUGCUGGUGUCGGAGGCUCAUUCCCAGGUUUCUCUGUGUGCUGACAUGAGCACCAUCGACAGGCUGCUGCCACUGAUCCACCUGCCAGCGAAGGACUCCCGAGAUUUCUACUCUCUGGCAGACAUUGUGGCCAAUGGGCAGAAGCUGGAUGGCACAGUGAUAAAUAUACUGGCUGCAGUGAAAUCGAUUGGAGAGCUGAAGCAGUUCACCACUUCAGACAUGCGCAACGGGCAGAGGCUGGAAGUGAAGCUCUUUGAUGACUCGGUCUCUUCCUUUCCUCUCGUCUGCUGGGACAGAGAAGCCAUUCAGCUUGUGCAAACUAUGAUACCCAAGGAGACUGUGCUCUUCAUAGCUGAUGCAAAGAUUAGCUUUGACAGCUUUCGCGACGGCAUGACAGCAACCGUUAACUCGAAGACCAUUAUCACCGUCAAUCCUGACACCAGAGAGGCCAGUCUGCUGUUCAGCUAUGCUAAGGAAGUAUCUGAGUCUGGUGCUCUGGAUCAAGAUGAGAAGCCAGAAGACGUGCCAGUGGACUCCAUCACUGAUGUGUACACAGUGAGCCAGCUGAAGCAGAAGGCCCAGGAGAAUCCUGAAGCUUUCUUCGGCAUCACAUACAGCUUCAUGUCCAGGCUGGACAUCGACUCUUCUGUUUCAAAAGUCAUCAAGACGCGGUGCUCCAGGUGCAAGUUUCUGGUGACUGAGGAUGCACAGAGCUGCACCAACAUGUUGUGCUCAGGGAGGGAUCAGGCUCUUUUAGCCACCACAGGCUUCGACCUGCCGGUGGACAUCACAGACCACACCGGCACCCUGCAUGCCUGCAGCCUCAGGAGCCCUGUGGCAGAAAACAUACUUGGCUGUACGACCAAUGAGUUUACCAGUUUGAAUGAUAACGAGCGGACUGCGAUGAAGUGGAAAUUUCUUUUGGAGAGAUGCAAAAUAUAUGUCAAGAUAACCCCUUCCACCAAACUGAGAUCUGGGACCAGGGGGGUGGUCCUGGCCUGCUCGGUGGCGGACCCAGGAGAGGUGAAGCAGCACAUGUCGGCCCUGCUGCAGCGGCUGUGA